CAGUGAAAAAGAGAAAUUUUUUGGGAGAGAGAUUUACAUUAGAGAAGCGAGAUUUACAUUAGAGACUAAGCUGCAGAGAUUAACGCGGGGAAGGCAGUUGCAGGUGUUGGAGAGAGAAUGUGCAUGGCUUGGAUUUGAUAGGAGAGGUUCAUAUCACAGGGGAACCUUGCCCUAGUUGAUUGGAAGAUAAAUGUUGAGAGGAAAAAGUGGUGUGUUUGAGUGAGUAGCGAGUGACCGGAAAUCGGAGAUGAAAGUCGGUGGCGGUGGCGGUGUAUAUUCCGGGAAGAGGCGAUGCAACGGGCUGGUGGUUGGGGUGCUGUGCCUUGUCAUCCUCUCUCUGCUUGUUCCUCUCAUAGGCCUUCACAAUGCCUUUCACUCUGGCGCAUACCCGUAUGAUCAACCAAGUUCGACUACUAAUGUCCUUAUAGACAACUCGCAUGACUCUAAGGAGAAACAUGAGAGCCCUGUAAAUGAGACCCGUGUAAAAGAGAUACUUGACAAAAUACCGCCAAUCCUUCCACAGGGUUUGUGGAACAGGUCAAAUGAACCAUUAAAUGAAACCAUUGAUACGGCUCCAAGUGGAACUAGUACAGGAAAGAAAGGUAGUUCAACAGCAGAUGUUGUGCAGCAACUUCCUACUGAUACAAAUGAUGCUAAAACUGGCACUGAUCCGGCCAAUGCAUAUGGAAGAGGUGGUGUUGAUGAAUAUGGAAAGGGUGGUGUUGAUGAAAAUAUAAAUUCAUGUGAGGUGAGCUUUGGGACCUAUUGCCUUUGGCGUGGAAAGAACAGAGAGGAAACAAAUGGAGAAAUGAAUGCUUCUAUGGUGAAGAAAUUAAAGGACCGACUUUUUGUUGCCAGGGCAUACUACCCUAGCAUAGCUAAACUUCCUGCUCAAAAUAAGUUGUCUCGUGAAUUGAAACAAAACAUUCAAGAAUUGGAGCGCGUUCUCAGUGAAAGUUCUACUGAUGCUGUUCUUCAACCGGGAAUUGAGAAGAAGUUACGUAAGAUGGAAGCUGCCAUAGCCAGAGCUAAAUCAUGCCCCGUUGAUUGCGGUAAUGUUGAUAAGAAGUUGAGACAAAUACUUGACUUGACCUUAGAUGAAGCAACCUUUCACAUGAAGCAGAGUAUUUUCCUCUACCAACUAGCAGUCCGGACCAUGCCAAAGGGUCUCCAUUGCCUUUCAAUGAAUCAAACAGUGGAAUAUUUUAAAUCACCUUUGAAGGACAUGGAACUCUCUUUAGCUGGGAAAUAUUCAGACCCCACUCUGCAACACUAUGUUGUCUUCUCCAAGAAUGUACUUGCAUCAUCCGUCGUAAUAAACUCAACUGUUACGCAUGCAAGAGAAAGUGGGAACCUAGUCUUUCAUGUGCUGACAGAUCAACAGAAUUACUUUGCGAUGAAACUAUGGUUCUUCAGAAAUAUGUAUAAGGAUGCUGCGGUUCAAGUUCUGAAUAUUGAACAUCUUAACAUGGAUUCUCAUGCUGAGGCAACUGACAUAAAAAUGUCCAUGCCUAGGGAGUUUCGUGUUUCUUUUUCAAGUGUUGAUAACCAACCGUCAAAAAAUAUUAGAACGGAAUACAUAACUACCUUUUCUCCUUCUCACUACCUUCUACCUGAGAUAUUCAAGAGUUUAGAGAAAGUUCUGGUUUUGAAUGAUGAUGUUGUCGUCCAACAAGACUUGUCUUCCCUAUGGAAUCUUAACAUGGGAGGAAAGGUAAAUGGUGCUGUUCAAUUCUGCUCUGUGAGAUUGGGCCUGCUGAAGAGUUACCUGGGGGAAAACAAUGCUGAUGAAAAUGCCUGCGUUUGGAUGUCUGGACUAAAUAUAAUUGAUCUGGCCAGGUGGAGAGAGCUUGAUCUUACUAAGAUAUACUGGAGAUUUGUCCAAGAGGUGAAGUUACGGGAGAAAUCAGUUGGAGAUCAUGAAUUGGCUGCAAACUUGCUCACUUUUCAGGAUACAGUUUAUGCUCUUGAUGAUUGGGCUUUGUCAGGACUAGGUCAUGACUUUUGGAUUGAUGUUCGAGACAUUGAAAAUGCUGCUGUGCUGCAUUAUAAUGGGGACAUGAAACCAUGGCUAAAUAUGGGAAUUCCCAAGUAUAAAACAUACUGGAAUAAGUUUCUGAAUAGAGAAGAUGAAUUUUUGCUUGCUUGUAAUGUCAAUGCAUAAUCAUCUGAGGUUACUACAUGAAGAACGCAAGGUAUUAGGUCAUGGCAGGUUCAUAGCUGUGAUGAUUUUGAUCAACAUAUAUUUCAGAUUUUUUUCAGUAAAUAAAGGAUUGUAGAUUUUUAUCCUCGCCUGCUAAAGGCAGGAACGACUGAUUGCCUUGGAGGUAUUGACAGUUGCAAAGGCACUGAGGAUCUGAAGCUUAAAUUCCAGUUGGUUGAAAGAAAAGACAAGGAUCGAUUAGGAAGGCCUUCCUUCUCGGCAUGGCCUAGCAACUGAACAAGUGCAGCAGGACACAUUAAGGAAUUUUGUACAUGGAAAGGCACAAUUGCAACCAUUAUUUGGGAAAGCUUCCAGUGGCCAUUGAUGAUUUAGAGGAUUCUUGGUUGAGAAAGCAUAGAUUGAUACUCAAGUGAGUUCUUUCUAGUUUCCUUCAGUUUUUAUUUUAACUGUUUUUGUAGGUCAUAAGAAAUGGCUAACAUUUUUUUUGACAAUUUGUAUCAUUCUAGGAGUAGUAGAAAUAUAUAUGUUUCAUGUAUCAAUUAGUAUGGCAUUGCCCAAGUAAUUGGCUAGCUCUGGUUGGGGAUACUGCAUGUCCAUGCAUCUGGCUUGAGGAAAAAAAUUUGUGCCAUCAAUAAGGAUUUUGAUGGUUUUGGAAUCCAAUGUUUUACCCUUCACUUUUUUCUUUGUGGGGGAGUGAAAAA